AUGGCCGAUAUCGAGAACCCACUCCCGGCUGCGGCAACGGCGGAGCCGAGCCGGAACGGCUUCUGGGCGUGGAAGGAGAGAUUCGUUCUCAACCACCUCACCCUCUACAAUCCUGCCGACGACGAUGACGCCACCAACGGCGUCGCGAGUGCCGACGCCGACCAGGACAGCAGGCGCAGAUUCCUAUGGGGUUCGACUCUGCUCGCAAUCUUCAUCGAACUCAGCACCGCAUUACUCAUAGCGAGCAUCGAGCCGUCCACUGCCGGACCGGCGGUGUAUCUCGCCUCGCGCGUCGUCGGGUAUGCCGGACAAAUCAUCAGCGUCUGCUGGGGACUCCUCCUCCUUCAUCUAUGGCAGGCGCAACCCCACGUCCUUAUCCUCACCAACUGCACAUCCACACAAACCUCAUCCUCUCGCUCAUGUCUCACCUGCCUCGCCUCUGUCUCUCGCUCGCGCCGUCGCAUCUUUGCUCCGGCGAGCCCCACCACUAGCCACACGAGGAGCUGCAACCGGAGGACGGAGGAGCUGCUACUGGCCACUUCGGAAGCUGCAACCGACGGGCAGAGGAGCUACAAGCCGGGAACUAAACAGACGACCGCCGUGCUAGAUUCAGCACGCCGGGGUGCUGCAACCGGCAGAUCAAAUGGCUACAACUACCUUUUGUUUUUGCUGAGACCGGUGAGAAAUUUCGCUGUGACCAUCGACGCUUGCAGCUUCGGCGAGAGCAGCAUCUACUCGCCGCGGAUACACGCGCAGCUCGUGCUUUGCCCCAAUAGCACGAUGCGUGCAGCUCUGGCGAGGGGCAGUAUCUACUCGCUUGCGGCCAUUCCCCAACAGAUGGCUUGUCACGGACGACGAUCUGCGCGCUCCGCUCCGCUCGUAGGAGAGAACAACCACCAUCGGAAGAUGCCUCAACCUCGGCGUGGCGGAGCUACAAGUGUAGGUCCGGGAGCUGCAACCAGCAAGACAAAUGAUGGAACUGGCGACGACCGUGCUGCGUCGGCGACGGCGGCGGUCCACCAUUGCUGGAACCAGCUAUUUUUUUGCUGGAACUACCAUUAUUUUUUGCUGGAACUACAUUUUUUUGUUGCUGCAAUCAACUAGUGUGUUUGCUGCUGAGUUUUUUUGCUGGAACUGCCUUUUUUAUUUGCUACAAUCGCCUUUCUCAUAUUUGUACUGCUGAGAUUAUUUUUGCUCGAAACGUUAUCUUUUUUGGUACCAUUGUCUUCUUGUUUUGCUGGAACCAAUAUUUUUUUCCAAGGAUCCAACUUGAUGGUGAUGCGAGUAGCUUCUUUUUGUGAACUUUGACAGGGAGCACGGCAGCAACUGUUGACGACGAGGGCAAACGGGGCAGACACACGCAGCGUGACGCGGUGGCGAGGUGCGGUUGGCAUGUGCUUG